AUGGGGUCUUGGGUUGUGAUUGUCAUUUGCGCUUCUCUGGCAGUUGUAGUUCUGAAGGAUGUAGAAUGCCAGAACAUUGUCUACAUUGACAACGGAGCGUUACAGGGAGCGACAGAAACUGUACAAGGGCGCAGGGUGGAUGUAUUCUUAGGUAUACCAUUCGCCAAGCCUCCAGUAGGAGAUCUCAGGUUUAGGUUACCAGAGCCUGCAGAGAACUGGGAAGGUGUUAAAGAUGCCACGGCGUUUGGGCCUGCCUGCAUGCAAAACUUGCCGAACCCUUUUGGCUUUCCCGAUCCUGAGACGAUUUCGGAAGACUGCCUGACGCUCAACGUUUUUGUUCCUGGAUCCACAAACAGUUCCAACAAUAAGGCGGUCAUGGUCUGGAUAUAUGGCGGAGGAUAUAUCACAGGUGGAACAUCGACAUAUAGCUUCAAAGAAUUCGUUCUAAACGGUGACGUCAUAGUCGUAUCUAUGAACUACCGCCUGAAUGUGUUUGGGUUUCUCAGCACUGGUGACGACAGCGUACCAGGUAAUAUAGGACUUUGGGACCAAAUUGAGGCGCUGAAUUGGAUCAAGAAGAAUAUCCAGUACUUUGGCGGGGACCCUGGAAGGGUGACGAUUUUUGGCGAAUCUGCAGGUGGUAGUAGUGCAACACAGCUGGCGCUGGCAAACGCUUCUUCAGGCCUCUUUCAACGUUUGAUAAGUCAAAGUGGUACUACCAGCGCUUUUUGGGCAGUGUCAGAAAAUGGUCCACAACUUGCUGUAAGAAUGGGAAGCAUUGUUGGCUGUCCAACGGCAAACACCACGGCACUUGUAGAUUGUCUACGCACCAUUGAGGCCGAGGCCCUUUUGAAUGCUAGUGUAAAAGCCACCAUAGGGCUCACGGGAUAUUUUUACAUUCCCUCAGUUGACGGCAUAAUGCUUACGAAACCAAUAUCAGAGAUGUUAAGUGAUCCCGUUGUGUUGGAGCGCCUGCAUUCUCUCGACUUCGUAACUGGAAUUCUUAAUGGAGAUGGAGGAAUCUUGGUUCUAAAUAAGUUCUCCGACGGGAUUGAUCCCCUUUUGUUUCGUGACACACUGAUUCCUUUUUGGACUAAGUUAGAGGUUGGCAACAACACGGAUAUAAUCAACGCGAUCACAGAAUUUUACUAUGACAAAACCGCCACCAAAUUAGAAACUGCGCGUGAUUUUGUCGACCUCGGCACUGACUUACUCUUCACUCAUCCGAUGUUUAAAUUUAUAGAGUCUCAUCUCUCCGAAGGGGGUGGCUCGACAUAUCUUUACUACUUUAUGAGAAAGCCGCUGUAUGGAAAUGUUAUGUUGGGUUCGCCAUCUUGGUUUCAGCGAGCAAGUCACGGAGACGACCUUCAUUUUAUGAUUGGGUCACAUGAACCUUUUGUCUCCCGUGCUACUUUCACUGAGGAUGAGAAGUAUCUGAGUGGGAUGAUGAUACGAUAUUGGGCCAACUUUGCCAAGACUGGAAAUCCAAACAUGCCAGAGCCUGUUCCAGCAAUAUGGGAGGAAUACACUGUGAAUAAAGAGCACUACCUCGAAUUUGGUGACGUCAUAGUGGGAAAGAGGAGAGUCAUUCCAAAACGGGUCAAGUUUUGGAUGAAAACCGUACCAAGAAUUCUUGCUCGUUCAAAUUAA